UGAGGAGGGGACUGUGUGAAGGAGAGGAGGGGUAAAUGGUGGCUUAGAGUGAAGGAGAGGGUGAGGAGGGGCCUGUGUGAGGGAGAGGAAGUUACAGUACAGCCGAAACAAGAACUAAAGCAAAAACUACUACUUAUAUAAAAGAGAGCAACACAGGUAGUGUCACAUUUCUAGCAUCUGAGUCAAGAUGAACAAUUACAGAAAGCAGAUGGCAGAGCAGUUCCUGAGUCAGGCCCUGGGCAUCAUCUGCCUGCUGACCGGAGAGGAAUAUGCCAUUGUGAAGAAGAGGCCGUCCCACAGCAGCAUUCACCGGCAGAGCAGAGAGGUGCCUAUAAAGUGUGAUGAUGUUGCCGUGUAUUUCUCUAUGGAGGAGUGGGAGUAUAUAGAGGGACACAAAGAGCUUUACAAGGACGUCAUGAUGGAGACUCACCAAGCACUAAGUACUAUGGAGAUCCCAGGGAACGAGAGCUCAGAACUAACAGGUGACAGUGAUGAAGAUCCAGAUACAGGAGCUGGAGAACUUGUACAGAAUAUUCAGCCAGUGGAGACCCCAUCAGACGUCUCUGCAGAACUAACCGGUUACAGUGAUGAAAAUCUAGACACAAAAGCACAUGGAGAACUUGUACAGAAUAUUCAGCCAUCAGAUGUAUCUGCCGAUGAUUUUAAUACUGACGUUGAUAUUAAAACAGAAGAUCUUAGUGUAACGUGUCAGCUGGAAGCUCCAAUGCAGAAAAUGUGUUAUAGUGACAAUAAAGGUGAAAAUGGUGCUAAGAUUUCAUAUAACAUGGAACAAACAGAAGAUCAGUGGCUAAUAAAUAUGCCAGAAGCUGCAGAGCAGGAAAUAUGUGACAAUAUAGGUGAAAAUUAUGCUAAGAUUUCAUAUAACACGGAACAAACAGAGGAUCAGUUGCUAAGAAAUAUGUCAGAAGCUGCAGAGCAGGAAAUAUGUGCCAAUAUAAGGACAGGUGAAUCCACAAACUGCAAUAAUCCUAAUUAUGGUCAGAGUGCAGAUGCUUCUUUACAUCUUCAAAAUCAAAGAAGCCACGUGGGAAAUGUAUGUUCUGAAUGUGGGAAAUGUUUUCUUAAGAAAUCAUAUCUUUUUCAACAUCUAAAAAUUCAUACAGGAGAAAAGCCAUUUUCCUGUCCUAUAUGUGGGAGAUGUUUUAACCAUAAAAAAAAUCUUGUUGCUCAUCAGAAAAUUCAUACAGGAGAAAAAGGAUUUUUAUGUUCUGACUGUGGGAAAUGUUUUACUCAGAAUCCAACUCUUAUUAGGCAUCAGAAAAUUCAUACAGGGGUAAAAGGAUAUUCAUGUUCUGAGUGUGGGAAAUGUUUUACUCAGAAAUCAAAUCUAAUUACACAUCAGACAAUUCAUACAGGGGAGAAAGGAUUUUCAUGUUCUGACUGUGGAAAAUGUUUUACUUGGAAAUCAAAUCUUUUUAGGCAUCAGAAAACUCAUAUUAAAAGAAAUCAAAGUUUAACCUCCUAAGUACAGAGGGUGAGACAUAGUUGUCCCAUACAAUACCAAGUGCUGAUAAUGACUGCAUGUGCACCUCAAGUGUUUAUGAGGUGAUCCCAGGGUGGAUGUGAUGUAAAUCAAGUUGAUUUAACUCAUGAUUUAAAUCACUAGAAACUGCUUUUAAAUUGCUUGAAAUCAUGUUUUUUAUUUUUAGAAUAAGUUUUUAGAUUGUUUUUUUCCAGUUAUAUCAGACAAUUACUUAUUUGGUUAUAUAUCAUUAGAUAUCCAUAGAUAGAUCAUUGAAAUGAAUGAAAUUAUUUGGAGGUGAACUAUCUCCAGUUUAAUUGGUUAAACCUUCAUAUUUGAUCAAUUUUUCACCUGUACUUUAUUGGAAGGAGAAAAAAUAUUACAUUAAUAUUAACAAUAUAAAUUGUUUUAUUUACCUAAAACAAUUACAAUAUUUUUCAUUUGUAAUGCUUGCCCCUCCCUCUUCACACUUGGGUCCUUGUGCAGAUAUAUUCCACUCUAAACAAUCUUCUAUUCAGUGAGCUUCUUGAAACUUAGUAUGGGUUGAUUCUGUGUACAUAGAUUUGCACGGGAGCAAUGGCAUUAAAGGAAAGUAAUGUCAAAAUUAAACUUUCAUGAUUCAGAAAAAACAUGCAAUUUUUAACAAUUUUCCAAUUGACUUCUCUUAUCUAAUUUGCUUUGCUCUCUUGGUAUCCAUUGUUGAAAAGCCUGCAUAGGUAGGCUCACUCAGAUGCAAUGCAUUACUAUGAGCUAGCUGCUUGUCACCGUCUCACCCAUUGUAUUCAGAUAGGCCCCAGUAGAGCAUUGCUCUCCUUCAAAAAGGAUUCCAAGAGAAUGAAGUAAAUCUGAAAAUGUUAUGCUCUAUCUAAAACCCAAAAGCUAUAUUUCAUGAUUAUGUCACUUUAAGGUCUAUUUAUCAACUCUGUGAGUGAUCAUUUUAUAACAUUUUGCUGUGAAGUAGAGGCAUGUUAUUUCUGCAGCUACAAAUUCAGUUUAGAGAACUACAAAACCAAUAAUAUGUGAUAAUAUCUGGAGCGCAUGACGUGAAUGGAUUAAUGUACCAAAAAAACAAAACAUUACAGCCAUGAAUAUACAGCAUCUUGCUAUAUAUUUAAAAACGAAUCUAUAUUUCAGGAUGAAUAACCUUUGGAUUAUAAUGUAUCAAAUAGAAAAAAUAGAACCAA